AUGCGCAAUCUGGACUAUAGAAACGUGUUAAUUUCGCUCUGCAUUGUAAACCUCUUCACUCUCAGUGAAGGGCGCCCCCUAAGGAAAAGGACGGUUAGUGAGGUCCAGUAUAUGCACGAUUUCGGGGAGCUCAAGCAGGUGCAGGAGCGUCGGCAGUGGCUGCAGAUGAGACUCCAGGGCAUCCACACCGCCCCGGCGUGGGGCAGCAGCGGGGAGGCCGGCCGAACGAUGAGGAGACUGCGUCCCGAGGAGCUGCCUGACCUGAGCGACAUGACACAGGAGGAGAUCCAGUUCGCUUUGAGCUUACUGGAAAAGCUCCUCAAGUCAAAGCAGUCGUGA